AUGAAGUUCCUCUGCCUCCACGGCAUGGGCACCAGCGCCGCCAUCUUCAAGGUGCAGACGUCCGCCUUCCGCGCCAAACUGCCCCCGGGCGAACACACCUUCACCUUCGUCAACGCGCCCCACGAAUGCGACGCCACGCGCGCCAUCUCGCCCUUCUUCCCUGGUCCGCACUACACCUUCUGCCGCAACUACACGAUCCCGGAAGUCGAGGCCGCACCCCUAUUCAUCCUGGCCAUCCUCGACGCCGCGCGCGCCGCCGGCGAGCCCUACGACGCCCUGAUCUGCUUCUCUCAGGGCUCGGCACUGGCCGCGGGCCUGCUGAUGGCGCACCGCAUCGAGCGGCCGGGAACACCGCUGCCGGUCCGGGGCAUCGUGUUCAUCUGUGGCGGCGUGCCGCUGCCGCUGCUCGAGGUGUGGGGGCUUAGGGUGCCGAAGAAGGCGUUUGAGAUUAAUGAGCUUACGGGGAGGGAUUUGCAGCGCAAGGCGGCGGCGGCGGGUAUGGAGAUCCGGGCGCUGAUGGAGGGCGGUGGGGUGGAUGGUGCAUGUGGCGGUGGUGGGAGGGGUGCGACUGUGACGAAGUCGAGUAGUGAGAAGAGGCCGCCGCUCGUGAGGCGACAGACGAGCCUGUGGCGUGAUACGACGACGUUGUAUCACCGCAGGGAAGUCGAGAUGUUCGAGCGGCAGGGCGGUGAUGACAAUAAGACGAGCGAGGACGGAUUGGACCCGAAGGCGCUGCCGCCGCUGGAGGCUGACGAUGUGUACGGGCUGAAUCUGACCGAUAUACCGGAGCACCUCGUGAUCGACAUUCCUACGGUGCACAUCUACGGCAUCAAGGACCCGCGGUAUCCGGCUGCGGUGCAGUUGGCUUGGUUCUGCAACCCUGACAAGAGGCGGGUAUUUGACACAGGCGGCGGGCACGAGAUACCGAGAUCGUCGCAGGUCUCGAGGGAGAUCGCAGAUGCUAUUGUUUGGUUGCAGGAUAUGGUCUCCCGGGAGGAUUCUUUGUAG